GGAGACCUCAAUAACAAAAUUUACUAGCACAGUGGGACUUCCGGUGAUAGACUGACGAUAGAUGAUAAUUUUAGUAGGUUCACAGAAGAUAGAAAAAAUAUAUACCAUAAUCGCUUAAUUCUGAGGACCAAGUUAUUGCACAUGACAUCUAAGAGGGGUGAAAAGAGACCAAGAGAUGAUGACUGUGAAGAGUGUUAUCCAAUAUCCAAGAGAAUCAACAGAUUGCAGAUAGAAACAAUUUCAAAUCAAAAUAGCACACUUCCAGCUCAGAACACACUUGCAGCUCAGAACAUGGGGGUCUGUAUUCCAAAAGCACGUUCCAAUGAAUCUGAUGACCUACAUUUACAGUGCCGCAACUUGCGGAUCCACUCCAAUUCCAAUGAUGCUAAUUUACAUCCAGAAAAUAACCUUCCAUCCACCUCCAUCAAUAACAAUUUAAAUUCUGAAAAUCCAAACUGCAUGGCGUGUAACAUGGGUCAGGGUGAUCCAUAUUACCAGGAGUUAAUGGAGGGUUACAACCCAGAACUGACACAGGAAGACAAUCCCUUCUAUUUCAGCAUUAACAGACUCUUGUUUGAUGCCCACGCCAGCAGAACAGGCCGGCAUAGAGUCAACUUUUCCAACUCGUAAACUUAUUCCAUAAUCUCUCUAGUGAUAUCAUUGUACACAGAUCUGUCAUUUGUUUAUGUCUGACUGCUGAUUAAGUACGAGCGACUGCUGAGGCGUAUUCACUGAAGGAAAAUAUGAUGUGAUGUUAUUGAUUCAUGUUAGUAUGCAUGUUAUUUAUUUUGAGCACUAGUAGUGUACUAGUUAUUUUUCAUUAUUCAUACUUUUUAACGAUAUUGAGUGAUCUUUUUUUUAAAUGAUGGAUUCAUUCAUUCUUGUACAGAGUUGAAUGUUAUCCUCUGUAACAUGGAUGUAUUUUAUUGCAUUCUGGGACUGAUUCAUUCUUAUGCUUGAUUUGGAUGUUUUCUAAGGUUUUAUCAUUACAGUUACAUUUUCCCCAUACACAUAGAUUACUUUGGAAAUGUUUCAUACAAGUUUAUGUAUUGGAAUAUGAUUUGUGUACAAAUUUUAUACAUCCAGAAUAACUUUUUAAAGAGUUCUAGGUUUGUGUUAUGAGAGUUUAAAAACACUGGAAGUAUUGUUGAACUUGCUUCCAUUAUUUUUAUAUUCCUUUAAUACAAACUAGACCUAUAGCUAUUUCUGUAGCUAUUCCAUGUAAAAGUGAAUCUAUAUUUUGUAAUUUGUCUCUUUUUUUCAUAAACAUACAGUUGCAGGAUUUUAUGUAAAGUUGAAAGGUGAAUGUUUGUAUGGAGAAAUAAAUACGUUGAAACAGCAUAUUUUUAUUGAUAAAUGUAGAUAUUGUGACACAAUCCAUUUCACUCUGACAUAAUUUGUUGAAAACCUUCUCAGAAGAUUCCUAUAUUUUGAACUAUAGAACUUAAAUUAGUGUCUAUUUAGCUGUGGAAUGGAGUGUUAUAUUUGAUUAGAUCCCUGUGGAAACAUCUAAAUUUAGUAUUGCAACAUUUAGCUAUCAGCUGAUUUUACGCAUUGUAUUGCAUGUUCUUGAAGCUAAAGUCGCAUUUUUUAUGUGUCAGUUGCCAUGUUUGUUAAUUCUUUAAAAAUAAACUUGACUGUUGAU